AUGAGCGUGGAUGCAAAUCAAUAUGACCCUCCUCCACCUCUCAAGGCAAGGUAUCUCCCAUUCCGGCUGGAUACAAUCUUGGAUUAUCACCCUUCUCCUUCUUCUGUUGCGACCUCCAUGAGGGUAGGCCCCAAGUACGCCACGCCGGGCGAUGUCGAAUGCAGACUUGCUAUUGCAAGGUGGCGAGCCAGCAUCUCACGAGAAGAGGUAGAAGACCGGGAAGAAGAUCCAGGCUCAGACGCGGAGACUAUUCGAGGCCUCAGUCGACCAGCUACACCUCGAGCUCCUCAUGCGGCUUCCAUUGUCUCCGAUCGAUCCGACGCUACGACCCAUCUCGCCUAUGCCUCCGACGAGGAAGAAUUGAUAUUCAUCUCAGUCUCCGAGAGGGCCUACGCUCAUAUGGAGCGGGAGCAUCAACGGGGAUUGGAAGAAGGUGAAAUAGGAGAAGGUGAAAUAGGAGACGGUGAACUGGAACGAGGUGAAUUGGAAGAAGGCGAGAAGGCGGAAGAUUGA